ACGAGCGAAGAAACACUGCAAGGGUCUUACGAAAGUAGUCUAGCUCGUGAUUCCCUAGCUAUCUGUGUUGCUGAUCGGAAGCGGCUUAUUCUCAGAGGGAAAAACUUCUUACAAGAGAACUACUACAAAGAUCGUACGCUUUUGGUACGUUUAGAACGGCUGUGCUUUCAAAGAAAGACGAAUAUAAAGGGCUACACAGCCACGCUGGAAACUAAACUGGCGAAAGUCCAAUCUCUCGGAAGUUUAAUGCUUUCGUCAAAUCCAUCACACUUUCUUCAACAAAACAGGACUUAUAUGACAUUUGAACACUUGCUAAUAAGGACUAGGACUUGAGUUUUAUAUUUUUGAAAGUGUUGAUGAUGUAUGCAGCAAGAACAUGUGCGAGAUUGUUGAGGGAGCGUUUGGCAAGAUAUGGCAAGCCCUCGCUUCACAAGAGAUGGCAACAAACUGCGGUUUUAGUCGCUCAGGAACCGUUUUUAAACGGUAGUAGUGGCAAUUAUGUGGAAGAAAUGUACUUAUCGUGGAAAGAGGAUCCUAAAAGUGUACAUCGGUCAUGGGAUGCUUACUUCCGUCAAGUUGAAAGCGGAAAACCCCCAGGACAAGCUUAUCAGCCACCGCCCAUCUUAGGACAAAGUCCUGGCAUGGUAGCAACACCACAAACUGUUCCAAGUGCUGUGGAUCAGUCAACAAUUAACGAACUAGUGUCAGAUCACUUGGCAGUUUACUCAUUGAUUCGUUGUUACCAGAUCCGAGGCCAUCAUGUAGCUCAGCUAGACCCUCUUGGCAUCUUACAGGCUGACUUAUCUGAAACUGUGCCAGCUGAUCUCUCCCUAGAGUACUGGGGACUGGGUGAGAAUGAUCUAGACAAAGUGUUUCAGCUUCCUAAUACAACAUUUAUUGGUGGAGAGAAUAAUGUUCUGACUUUGAGAGAAAUAGUGAACAGGCUGAAUAAUGCCUAUUGUGGACAUAUUGGACUGGAUUACAUGUUCAUUCCAGAAAAAUAUAAAUGUGACUGGAUAAGGAAGAGAUUUGAGACCCCAGGGAUUGUACAACUAGAUGUGGAAGACAAAAGAACUUUGGUCAAGAGACUCAUUCGCUCAACUGGGUUUGAGGCUUUUCUUGCCAAGAAAUGGUCAUCAGAAAAGCGCUUCGGCAUUGAAGGCUGUGAAGUAUUGAUUCCAGCAAUGAAGACAAUCAUUGACAAGUCAAGUGAGUUUGGUGUGGAGAGUAUCAUCAUGGGAAUGCCACACAGGGGAAGACUAAAUGUCCUUGCUAAUGUCUGCCGUAAAUCACUGGAACAGAUCUUUACUCAGUUUGAUCCAACCCUGGAAGCGUCUGAUGAAGGAUCAGGAGAUGUGAAGUACCAUUUAGGGAUGUCUCAUGAACUUCUCAAUAGAGCCACAAACAAAAUUGUGCGGUUGGCUGUUGUGGCAAAUCCCUCCCAUUUGGAAGCUGUGGAUCCUGUUGUUGAAGGAAAAACCAGAUCAGAGCAAUUUUAUCGAGGAGACACACAAGGGAAAAAGGUGAUGAGUGUUCUUAUUCAUGGCGAUGCAGCAUUUUCUGGACAGGGUGUGGUCUAUGAGACUUUCCAUUUAAGUGCACUGCCACAGUAUACCACACAUGGCACCAUACAUAUUGUUGUUAACAACCAGAUUGGCUUCACCACUGAUCCAAGGGUUGCUCGCUCCUCACCUUAUUGCACCGAUGUUGCCAAGGUUGUAGAUGCUCCUAUUUUCCAUGUGAAUGCCGAUGACCCAGAGGCUGUGAUGCAUGUGUGUAAAGUUGCAGCAGAAUGGAGAGCUCAAUUUGGCAAAGAUGUUGUCAUUGAUUUGGUUUGCUACCGUCGCCACGGCCACAAUGAAGGUGACAAUCCAAUGUUCACACAACCAAUCAUGUACAAGAACAUCAACAAAAAGAAUCAUGUGUUGGAUUUGUACACAAAGAAACUUAUAGAUGAGGGUGUUGUCACAGAGGAAUGGCUUCAGGAAGAGAAAGCCAACUACGAUAAGAUUUGUGAACAAGCAUUUGCUGAUGCAAAGUCUGAGAAGCGUGUACUGCUUAACAGGGAUUGGCUGGAUUCACCAUGGAAAGGAUUCUUCAAAAAAGGCUAUUCUCCUACCCAGCCUGUGAAACCAACAGGAAUUGCUCUUGACACUUUGAAGCAUGUAGGAAAUGUGUUCAGUGCUGCUCCUGGUGGAGACUUCAAGGUUCAUGGAGGACUGCGCCGCAUCCUUAAAGCUCGCCAUGAUCUACUGGAGAAGGGUUAUGUGGACUGGGCAAUGGGUGAAGCCCUGGCAUUUGGCUCUCUUUUGAUAGAAGGUGUUCAUGUGAGGCUAAGUGGACAGGAUGUAGAGAGGGGGACUUUCAGCCAUCGUCAUCAUAUUCUGCAUGAUCAAGACAAAGAUAAAGUGACGUACUGUCCAUUAAAUGAUCUCAGCACUGACCAGGCCAUUUACACAGUCUGCAAUAGCUCUCUAUCAGAAUAUGCUGUGCUAGGUUUUGAGCUUGGUUUCAGCAUGACCAAUCCAUUUGCUCUUGUUUGCUGGGAAGCACAGUUUGGUGACUUUAACAAUACUGCCCAGUGUAUUAUUGAUCAGUUUAUCAGCAGUGGACAAGACAAAUGGGUGAGACAAAGUGCACUCACCAUGUUACUUCCUCAUGGAUACGAAGGAAUGGGACCUGAACAUUCCAGUGCCAGGCCAGAGAGGUUUCUACAAAUGAGCAAUGACAACCCUGAUGUUUUUCCAACAAACAAUGAACUCUUCGAGGUGAAUCAGCUUUAUUCCACCAACUGGCAGGUUGUUAACUGUAGCACACCUGCAAACUAUUUCCAUGUGCUGCGGCGACAGAUUGCUCUGAACUUCCGCAAGCCUCUCAUCCUGAUGACACCAAAAAGUCUUCUCCGUCUAGAAGCUGCCAGAUCUCAUAUUGAUGAAAUGGCAGAAGGGACAUCAUUUAGACGUGUGAUCCCAGAGUCUGGUCCAGCAUCAAAAAAUCCAGAGAAAGUUCGCAAACUCCUUCUUUGUACUGGAAAAGUUUACUAUGAUUUGGCAAAGGAACGAAGCAAGAGAGGUCUUGAUGAAGACAUUGCCAUCUCUCGUGUUGAACAGAUAAGUCCAUUCCCAUUCGACUUGAUCAAGGCUGAAAAUCAGAAGUACGACAAUGCAGAGAUUGUAUGGGCUCAAGAGGAACCCAUGAAUAUGGGUUACUGGACUUAUGUUCAUCCACGCCUUGUCACUUCUGUUGGAAACAAUGUUAAGAUCAGUUAUGCUGGCCGUCCUCCUGCUGCAUCAACAGCAACUGGAAACAAACAUCAUCACAUUUCAGAACAGGAGGAUCUUAUCAACAAAGCCCUAGUAUAAAUAAUUGUCUACCUCAUUUUGAAAGACAGCUUUUAGUACUGAACCUAUUUACUAUGGAUUUGAGAAACUGCAAGUUGCAGUUCAAAACAAGAAUUAUUGUAUCUUAUAUUUCCCAUAUAGGACAAUUUUUUUUUUCAGUAUGUUUUGUUUUAUCUGCUUCUGCAAGCUGUGUGAGGGAGUGUAACAUAGAAGUAUGAUUUUUAAUUAAACAUUUAUAAUAAAUUUUACGAGCCCAGCAUAGGAAUAUAUCUUAUGACUUCGCAAAACCACGGGUUUGCCAACUGCUGAAUGAUGCAAUCUGGAUAAGUGAAAUAUGAAAUCAAUUCAAUCCAAGAAGUAAGUCUGUAUAACAGGCAAGGAGCAAUAUCAGAAUUAAUCUGCAAAUUAGGGAAAUAGUGUUUUUAUUUUGGAGCGAAAUCUGUAAAAACGUACUGAUCUAAUAAACAAAUUACUGUUUGGUAA